UCAAUGAAUAUGGCUGACAAAAGAAAAACUACCAAUAAGUCUCAGUUCGAGCGACUUAUUUCGUUAAUCGAGCAGAAUAGCGAUGUUGUGGGUGAUAGGAGUAAGGGGAGCACCGCAUUUUGGGAGGAAGUUUCCAACCAAUUAAAUUUAUUAGGACCACCUAUGAAAGAUGGCUCAGGCUGGAAAAAAGUCUGGGCAGAUUAUAAAUCAGGGUUAAAAAAAAAGCUCGCCCACAAUAACAGAGAGUAUAGGGCUACAGGUGGAGGUCCAUGUAAUUUGAGUAGUUUCUCUAUGAUGGAGAAACAUGUGAUCGAACUGUUAGAUUUAAGACAGUCCAUAGUAGGCACACCCGAUCUGCCUAUGUUAGGUGUAGAUUCACUACAAUAUGAGCCUCAACCCGGGCCGUCAUCACAACUUCAAAAACAACCACAACAACAAAAACAAAGUCAACAAAACCCGCAACAGCAGCAACUAACUUCAGAAGUGUUGCUGAACUACAGUUGCUAG